UGAAGAAGUGCUGGAAUGAGCAUCCUAAAGGCAAAACUCCCCUGUGCCACCUGCUCCUUCUCCUGUCAGUUCUCCGGGAAGAAGCCUUUGAUUUUUUCCUGCUCUUGUCCCGGCGUUGCUGGGAGCUGCAGCGUGGGAUCUGUGCUGGGAAGGUCACUGCAGUGCUGUGGGAUCUGCUGGGCUGGCUCAGGCACAGGUUAUGCCUGCCGGAACAUCUCCGCCUCCGCCGCCCUGCAGGCCAGGACCCACGUGAGCUGUGACAUCAAAGGGGACGUCGCCGUCGUGCGCUUCAACACACCCAAUUCCAAGGUGAACACCCUGUCCAAGCAGCUGAGCGCCGAGUUCACGGAGGUCAUGAACGAGAUCUGGGCCAACGAGGCCGUGAGGAGCGCCGUGCUCAUCUCCUCCAAGCCGGGCUGCUUCAUCGCCGGGGCAGAUCUCAACAUGCUCGAAGCCUGCAAGACCGCUCAGGAAGUGACUCAGCUCUCUCAGGACGGACAGAAGAUGCUGGAAAAAAUCGAGCAUUCUCCAAAGCCUGUCGUUGCUGCCAUCAGUGGCAGCUGCCUGGGAGGAGGCCUGGAGGUCGCCAUCGCCUGUCACUACAGAGUGGCAACAAAGGACAAGAAAACAGUCUUGGCCACUCCUGAGGUGCUGCUGGGCCUGCUGCCCGGAGCAGGGGGCACUCAGAGGCUGCCAAAGAUGGUGGGACUGCCCGCUGCCUUCGACAUGAUGCUGACCGGGAGGAACAUCCGCGCCGACAGAGCCAAGAAGAUGGGGCUGGUGGACCAGGUGGUGGAACCCCUAGGGCCGGGUGUGAAGACUCCGGAGGCGCGGACGAUGGAGUACCUGGAGGAGGUGGCCAUUGGCUUUGCCAGGGGCCUGGCCAACAAGACUGUGUCUGCCAAAAGGUCCAGGGGCCUGAUGCAGAAGCUCACAGACUAUGCCAUGGCCCUGCCCUUCGUCAGGCAGCAGGUUUACAAGACGGUGGAGAGCAAAGUUCAGAAGCAAACCAAAGGGCUCUACCCCGCUCCCCUGAAGAUCAUCGAGGUUGUGAAGACGGGUCUGGAUCAGGGCCGUGACGCCGGAUACCUCAUGGAAUCCCAGAACUUUGGCCAACUUGCACUGACCAAGGAAUCCAAGGCACUGAUGGGGCUCUACCACGGGCAGGUGCACUGCAAGAAGAACAAGUUCGGGGCCCCUCAGCGAGAGGUCAAGACCCUGGCUGUGCUGGGAGCAGGGCUCAUGGGGGCCGGCAUCGCCCAGGUCUCCGUGGAUAAGGGCAUGAGGACCAUUCUGAAGGACACGACACAGAAGGGCCUGGACAGGGGCCAGCAGCAGGUCUACAAGGGGCUCAACAGCAAGGUCAAGAAGAAGAGCCUGACAUCGUUUGAGAGGGACUCCAUUCUCAGCAACAUGCUGGGCCAGCUGGACUACAAGGGCUUUGAGAAGGCAGACAUGGUCAUCGAGGCCGUGUUCGAGGACAUCAACGUCAAGCACAAAGUGCUGAAGGAGGUGGAGGCCGUGAUCCCUCCUCACUGCAUCUUCGCCAGCAACACCUCUGCCCUGCCCAUCAGCCAGAUUGCUGCUGCCAGCAAGAGGCCUGAGAAGGUCAUUGGGAUGCACUACUUCUCCCCAGUGGAUAAGAUGCAGCUGCUGGAAAUCAUCACCACAGACAAAACCUCCCAGGACACGGCGGCUUCCGCCGUUGCUGUCGGCCUCAAACAGGGCAAGGUCGUCAUCGUGGUGAAGGAUGGGCCUGGAUUCUACACCACCAGGUGCCUGGGGCCGAUGCUGUCGGAGGUGGUCCGAGUCCUCCAGGAGGGCAUUGACCCAAAGAAGGUAGAUGCCAUCUCCACAGCCUUCGGGUUCCCGGUGGGAGCCGCCACGCUGAUCGACGAGGUGGGCGUGGACGUGGCCACGCACGUGGCCGAGGACCUGGGCAAGGCCUUCGGGGAGCGCUUCGGGGGAGGCAGCAUCGACCUCUUCAAGCUCAUGGUGCAGAAGGGCUUCUUAGGUGAGGGGCUAAGCUGUUUCCACCUGAAGGGUUCCCCCCUUUCCUGUGGGAGCUCUCUGCAGUGAGAGCUCUCUGCCCCACGCUGGCUGUCCAGGACCUCACCCCUACAUCCCAUCACUUCCCCUUCUAUCCUGCAGGAGGGCAUCCUCAGCAACCCCAUCGAGGGGGACAUCGGCGCCGUCUUCGGCCUGGGCUUCCCGCCCUGCCUGGGAGGUCCCUUCAGGUUUGCCGACUCCUAUGGAGCCUGGCAGCUGGUGGACAAGCUGCACAAGUACGAGGCCGUCUAUGGCAGCCAGUUCACGCCGUGCCAGCUGCUGCUGGACCACGCCAACAGCCCCAGCAAGAAAUUCCACCAGUGAGGGACCCGGUGACGCGCCCACAGCUCCCCGGGGCCGCCCCAGCGCUCCCGACACCCCAUUGUCCAUAGGUUAAUCUCCAAAGCCCCGGGGGAGGAAGGGGAGGAGGGAGGGGGGCACCAGGCUGCCUCAUGGCUUGUAGUCAUUUCAAGUGCCUUAUCAGCCACUGUGUGUUGGGCACCUCCGUCCCGUGCCAGCCUGGGCCAGCCUCUCCGUGCUGGAGAGGGGAUUUCUGCUGCCUUCGCCUCCACGCUGCGGCCUCCAGAGCUCCCAGUCUGGCCAGUAGCAUCCAGCACGUGGCUGGAGCCGAGGCCUUGCCUUUCCAUAGACAUCUACCAAAAUAAAGCCCCGUCUCCUGGGUUUGGACUCCA